UGGCCAUACUAGUUUUAAACGUACUGUACAGGGGAUUUCAUAGGAUCAAUGUUUGAAGCGAUUGUAGAGUCUAUUCUUCAGCCUGGCGUCAACAGCCAACUUCUUACAGCGAUCAACGUCGCAUUCGUCUGUCUUCUUGUCGUCCUUACAUUUCUGUUGGUUACGUUUGGUUUUAACAUUCAUCUGCUGAUGCUGAUAAUAAUCAGUAGCGGUCUUCUCCUUUCUAUAAAUUGGUGAGUUAAGCUAGAAACGAAUAUAUACUAAGCUCCUUUAUUAGCUGUCUAUGAACUUAUUUAAUAUUUAUACAAAAAACGUAAUGGAUUUAAUUCAAGAUCUCAUAAGAUUGAUAAGUCUUAUGUUUUGAAGGUGAAAAUAUUGCAAAAGCUAAAGAGAAAGAAAAAUCAGUCGUACACCAUGACGUGUUUGGAAAACUGCUCAUUUAUGUGUACAUCUGCCUCCUUCCCUCAAAACCAUCAGGAGAAGAUAUGAGGCGAAGAGUCAUAAAGUUAACCCUGGAAAACAAGUGGUGCAUUUUAAAACUUAUGUCAAAUGGGUAUUUCCUUUCAAUGUGAAUAUGAUAGGAUUUAGUCCACAGACUCAAACUGCAGGCCCAAUUUCACGUCACGGCACUUAUCUGACUCAUGUGGGUUGUAAAAGAAUCGCUAAGGAUGUAACAAUCUCUGGUGGUGAUCACCAAUACUUUCUUAGCCUGAGUAUCAGGCGUUUCUGGGGAAAAGGGGAUGGAAGGGAAAAUGGGAGAGAGCUGAAGGAGAGAAACGCCUGACACAGAUGCUUUUACUGGAGCCUUCCACCCCCUCACAGCAUGAUUCCAUACCAUCCAAUCAAAAUCAUUUCCAGUCACUGGAUUGUCAGCUUCACGUGUAAAUCUCACUUUACGGUCUGGCCGAGCUCCGGUGCUUGUGUUGCUACGAUUUCGCUUUUUUUCUGAAACCUCCAAUGAGGAGUUUUCGAAUACUUGUGAUGUAAAACCUGGUGUUUUUGAGGAAUUAUAACAUGUUUCAGGAAUUGUGCUAGUGUAAGAUCGCCAAUGCUCUGUUUGUAAAUAAACGUGUGCCUGGAAAAUUGUAAAUUGCUUUUGUUUACAGUACAUCAGGCGCUUGUCUGGCAGCCAGCUAAAAAGCUGAUGUUAUCCCUCAUAUUCUCAGGCAGCUGAAAGGAGCUGCAAGAAUAAAUAGGAAGGUGUGAUAGUGAAACACCUAUGCCUAGAAAUUAUCAAGCAGCAGCAAAUUCUACCACUUCACAGAGAGCUCGUGAAAGCUGUUACAAGUUAAAAAAGAAGUGAGAGCCUAUAGCAAAGGUCAAUCCCGUUGGCGAAAUAUGAUGGUGCCCGCUUGAGCUUAAGACAUUUCAAAACUGAGAAAAUUUUUGAAGAGGAAGCGAACGAAUUCCAAUCACGUACGCUAUCGUAACCGCCACAAGCAAAGUCAAGCUUUUUAAAAGCAUUGGUGCUGUCGACUAUCUCAAUACAUGGCUACCUCGCUCUAUUUUCAUUUACAAAAACGAUGCCCUUUUAACAGCAGGAUGUUGUAAAUCAGAACUUAGAUAUCUGAAACACUGAUAUUGUCUUCUUUGUCCCAGUCUUGUGAAACCAAUACUCGCGCCCUCUAGAGCCUUUUUGAAUUCCUCUCUGCGUCUCUGUCCAUAAAAGUAUCACAUACCGGUAACAUGAAAUCAAAACAUCUAUGAAAAAUUUCAAUGGCCUCUCCUUGCCACUCGCUCUUGCGGUCGGUGACGUAAGGGGGUAUUGUGUGUUAUCCAAUCACUGCCACAUCCAGAUGUGUCACAUGAUUUGCAGAAUGGUUUUGUGUCAGGUCUUCCUUUCUCUUCUCCCCCUUCCCCCUUCCCUAACUAAAAUCUCCUCUCCCCUAGCCCCUUAGGAAGGCCUGAUACUCAGGCUAAUACUUCGUGUGUCAUGGGGUGUGAAAAUUGUAGGGAGGGCACUUUGCAUCUAUGACCUUUAAUUCCUGAGCCUGCCCAUCUCUUUUGGACUAGUCUGUGCUCAGAAAAGCUACUUCACUUAUGAAAUUGAAAACCAUCCCUGGACAGUAUACAUGUAGUAUGGAAAUAAAUUGGAACAUUUUAAAAGUAACUUAAAAGAGCAAAAUUGUUUCUUUUUGUGAAAUUUAUCUUAUCAGUUUGUUUUCUCACUAUGGCAAGGUACUGCUGUAAAAUGCAAAUUAUUUUAAGUUGUUCAUUCAUUUAUUAAAUUAUAAAUAAGGUCUAGUAGUACGUAUGAUGGCUACAUUUCUGCAUUUUGUUCUUUACAGGUUUGUAAGUGAAUUAUGGCAAGCUUCUAAGACAAGUGCAACAGAGAAAAAGGACCACUGAAAGGCAGUGAUGAGGAAAAUUGAAGCCGUAGUGUUAUGCUGAAGAAAUGGCAUCAAUGUUCACACAAACCUUUUGUAGCAAGACAAGUCUAUAAAUUUCAGAGAACACUUCAGAAACGCUUCCCUUUAUACAGAAAGGAAAACGUUUUAAUGGCAAAAAGAGAAAUUGAUCUAGGAUAUGUUGAUAAACAAGUUUUGGAGACUUAGACAUUGGCGUGGCAUUAGUUUGACUUAGCCUGAUAAGAUUAGAGGGAAUUGCAAACUUCUAUCCAGGUAAUACACACUAUGUGUUUGGAGAAUCAGGCAAGGAUCGCUCAAGGUAAGACAGAAGCAUUCCAAACUUCAGUAUAAGCUAGGAAUGCCUUCAAGGAACUAUGCUUACACUGGUAGUUAUUAAACUGCCAUAACAGACUUUUCAAACAACAAAGAAAAAUAGAUGGACAA